CAACUUCAGUAUGUCGGACGCUACUGUCAAAUGUACAACAAUUAUAAUCGUGUAGUGUCGUUGAUCCUCGUGGUUUCUAAUAUAAAAUCAAAGUGAUUGUUUGUUUUUUAUAAUUUGUUAGUUUUUUUGUAAUAUUUUUUGAAUAAAAUUCUAGUCAAAUGUUAAUAAUGAGGCGUAAUGUUAAAGUAUUGUUAUUAUUUUCGAUGGCAUGGAUGUUUGUGAUUGUUUACUAUCUUCAGACGGGUCGAGAGGGAAAGACUGAAAAUCGAGCAUUAAGACUCAAAGAUGAUUUAGCUGUAGCACAAUCACAUUUUAAUAAUGUGAUUGAUGAUUUAAGUGGUGGUGGUGGAGCUAGUAGUGGUUUAGCCAUGCAUGCACAAAUGCAACAUCAUCGUGCACCAGCUGCUAUUGUAUCAGCACCACAAACAUCACAGCAUAUUGGUGAAGUUAUGUUAGAUAAUCGUUUAUCAUGGAACUAUUUUGAUGAAGUGGGAUAUAUAAGUCGUGGUCGACUGCAACCGGGUGAAGAUCCAUAUUUUCGCAAUAAGUUUAAUCAAGAAGCUAGUGACAGUUUACCAAGUAAUCGUGCUAUACCUGAUACGAGAAAUGCAAUGUGCCGUAAACGGGAUUGGCGUUCUGAUCUUCCAUCAACAAGUGUAAUAAUCACGUAUCAUAAUGAAGCACGAUCAACAUUACUACGAACGGUUGUCAGUGUAUUGAAUCGGAGUCCAGAACAUCUGAUAAAAGAAAUUAUUCUUGUAGAUGACUUCAGUGACCAUCCUGAAGAUGGCGAAGAAUUAGCACGUAUCCAUAAAGUUAAAGUAUUACGUAACGAUAAACGUGAAGGUUUAAUGCGAUCACGUGUACGUGGUGCGGAUGCUGCAACAGCAUCUAUUCUGACAUUUUUAGAUUCACAUUGUGAAUGUAAUAUUAAUUGGUUAGAACCAUUAUUGGAACGUGUUGCUGAAGAUCCAACUCGGGUAGUGUGUCCAGUUAUCGAUGUGAUAAGUAUGGAUACAUUUCAAUAUAUUGGUGCAUCUGCAGAUCUUCGUGGUGGUUUUGAUUGGAAUCUGGUAUUUAAAUGGGAAUAUUUAAGUAGCGCCGAACGACAGAAUCGCUUAAAAGAUCCAACAGCAGCAAUACGUACACCAAUGAUAGCGGGUGGUUUAUUUGUUAUUGAUAAGAAAUAUUUUGAAAAAUUAGGAAAAUAUGAUAUGCGUAUGGAUGUUUGGGGUGGUGAAAAUUUAGAAAUAUCAUUUCGUGUAUGGCAAUGUGGUGGUAGUUUGGAAAUUAUACCAUGCAGUCGAGUUGGACAUGUAUUUCGGAAACGACAUCCAUACACAUUCCCAGGAGGCAGUGGAAAUGUAUUUGCACGAAACACUCGUCGGGCUGCUGAAGUUUGGAUGGAUGACUAUAAACAAUUUUAUUAUUCUGCUGUUCCUUUGGCGAAAAAUGUUCCAUUUGGAAAUAUCCAAGAUCGUUUGGACUUAAAAGAACGUCUUCAAUGUAAGCCAUUUAAAUGGUAUUUAGAAAAUGUAUACCCAGAAUUAGCAAUACCACAAACAACAUCUGUAAAUUAUGGUGCAUUACGACAAGGAAUCUAUUGUUUAGAUACAAUGGGACAUUUAAUUGAUGGCAGUGUGUCAUUAUACCAAUGUCAUGAUACUGGUGGUAAUCAAGAAUGGGCUUUAACAAAAAAUGGUUUAAUCAAACACCAUGAUUUAUGUUUAACAUUAGAUAAAUAUGUGAAAGGCAUUGUAUUGAUGAAAAUAUGUGAUGAUUCUGACACACAAAAAUGGCGUUUAUUAGAAACUGGUGGUUUAAUACGUCACAUGAAAUAUCCAUUAUGUUUAGAUUCAAGAUAUGCUGAUAUAAAAGGUGUUACAGCACAACGUUGUAACACAAACUCUGAAACACAACGUUGGCGUUUAACAAAUCGUUUAUCAUGAGUUUACGAGAAUUUAAAUGAUGUCGACAUACAGCAGCAUGCUAUGGAAUAUAAUUUUACAACGGAAUUCAAUACACAAAGUGUAAAUGAAGAACUUAAUGAUAAUAGUUUGGACGGUAAUGAAAAUAGUGUUGCCACAUCUAUUGUAAAUUCUGUCAAAAAUGAGAAUGAAGAUUCUGAAAAUGAACU